GUUUGUUUAAUAGUUUGGGAUAAAAUUUGUAAACAUACAACCUACAAGAGAAAGCACGCAUCUUCAUAGAACAAGUCAUGGCUUUUGGAUUUACAUCUUUGGUUCUUUUCUUUCAUCUUCUUCUUGUUCAGCAUGUGAUAGGAGAUAGCGCUACACAAGCUAAUGUCUUAAUACUCAAUAAAUUGGAGGAUGACACUAAAGAUCUCCAUCAUCAUGACCAUACGCAUCAAGAUCAUGGUCAUGGUCUUGAUCAUCAACAUUCAUCAUCCUCGUCAUCAUCGACGAAUCAUAAAGACCCUCAAUUAAUGGUUUUCUUCAUGAUAAAUAACUUAAAAGAAGGCGAAGUGAUGCCUAUUUACUUCCCAAACAGACACCUUUCCCCAUCUCAAAUCCUUUCUAAAGACGAAGCCGAUAACAUCCCUUUUUCUCUUGAAGAAUUCCCAAACCUCCUUCAGUUGUUCUCAAUCUCACACGGCUCUCCACAAGCCAUAGCCAUGGAAAACACCCUCAAAGAAUGUGAGGUCAAGCCCAUUAAGGGUGAGACCAAAUUUUGUGCAACCUCAUUAGAAUCGGUCUACGACUUCACAAGGGAAAUCUUUGGAUUUGACACUCGUGUCAAAACUUUGGCAACAACCCACCUUAAACACUCAUCUGUUGGACUUUUGCAAAACUAUAAAGUGGUUGAAAUCUCACAAAACAUACCAUCUCCAAAGUUAGUAGCUUGUCACACCAUGCCAUACCCAUAUGCAGUGUUUUAUUGCCAUAGCCAAGAGAGCGAGAACAAGGUGCUUAUGGUUUCAUUAGAAGGUGAAGAUGGUGAUAUGGUUGAGGCACUGAGUGUUUGCCACAUGGAUACGUCUCAGUGGAGCCGUAAGCAUCCAUCCUUUGGCGUGCUUGGUGUCGAGCCAGGAACCUCCUCUGUUUGUCACUUCUUUCCUAGCGAUAACUUUGUCUUCAUACCUUUUUCUGCAACCAUGUAAUCAGUAUGCUUAGAUACGUACACAAAACAAAAGAAGGAAUUAAUUUUACUGCCUUUGUUUGUGACGUUAAAUAAAAUUCAUCCAAAGAGACGCCAUGUUUGGUUAUGUUUAGUAUUCCCCUUCACAAUAAUAUCGCAUGUUUUGUGGUAUAUUUUAACAUUGUGGUUAAUUUGUAAUAUACAGUGUACU